GCCAGUAGGUGGCAGUAUGUGGAAAUAUAGGUUGUAUGCCAGACUGUUUGCGGAAAGGCUGCAUUGUUUCCACGAGACAAGCAGAUCUAGACUGAAAUGUAGCUAAAGAAAGCAGGAGAAUCUUAUUUGGUAGUGUCUGGUGACCAGUGGUGAGCCUUCAGAAUAGCCAUGAUGUCUUUCAGGAUUGUCUCCAGGCUUGGCAAACUGUCAGUGAUGCCCACAAGGAGCUGUAGUAGACACCUCUGCAGCGAUGCCAGCAAGGCCUGGAUGGAUCAGAGGCAGACACACAGGACCUCGGCCCACAGACACAGAGGGAAGGAGGAGAGGUCUGAAGAUCCAGAUCUGGACGAUGUAGACGACAAGGUCCAGGCUGUGUUCAGUGAAGAGAGGAGGAGACAGAGGACGGUGAAGUACCAUAUAGUUAAGAGACAGCUGACUGAGUCUGGAGCUCCAGAGAGGAUGUUGAGCUGGGACGCCAUGGAACAGAUCAGGUAUCUGAAGCAGGAGCUACCAGAGGAAUGGACCAUUGACCGUCUGGCAGAGGGAUUCUCUGUCCAUCGUGACGUCAUCCUACGAGUCCUGAGGAGCAAGUUCGCCCCCACCCCAGAGAGGAAAGCUAAACAGGACACCAGCGUGUGGGCCAGGCUGAGACAGCAGGCCUUACCUGGGGGUGGAGCACGGGGACAGGGCAGGCAGGUGGCCCUACCUGGGGGUGGAGCAGGGGGACAGGAGAGGCAGGUGGCCUUACCUGGGGGUGGAGCAGGGGGACAGGAUAGGCAGGUGGCCCUACCUGGUGGUGGAGGGGCAGGGGGGCUGGGUAGAACACAGUAUCCUGCCUCUGGACAUAGAAGUAGCAAACCAGCCAUGCUGCCCACAGGAAGUGGCACUGGUGCCCUGGUCACCCUGGCUAGCCACAGUAGCCAGAGGCUGAUAGCCAGGGACUUGGAGGAUGACCCUGGCCCAAGAGCCAUGAUGACUACUGCUAAUUAUCCUGCUGCUCCUCUCACCUCACUACCCACCCAGCUCUCAUCCCCACCAACCCUGCACAGCAGACACACCUCAGGACAAGAUAACUCGAGAGAGGAGUGGGAGGAAGAGGAAAAUGUGUCGGAGAAGGUUGAGGAGAAAGACGACCAGGAGGAGAGAUGGGAUGGAAGGGUGUUUUCAGAGGAAGAACUGGAGGAACUAAUGCUGUCGUCAAAGCCUUCGCCAGUGGUACCGAAUGGGAGAGAGUUCUUUGACAGUGAAGGAAACUUCCUGUACAGAAUCUGAGAUAGCAAAAUGGCACCCUAUUCCCUACAUAGUGCACUACUUUUGACCAGGGCUAAUGGCACCCUAUAUUAGUGCACAACUUUAGACUAGGACCCGAUGGGUGCCAUUUUAGAAGUAGCCUGAGAUGUUGUUGAUGUGUUGGUUUCCUAAAUACAGUCAAAUGCAAUAGACUUUGUUGGAAGAUGCCAGAGACUGAUUAUCCCACAAACUAAUAAAGCACCAUUUCAAAUGUAUGGGUUAGUCACAA